AUGAUUAACACAGGGAAGCUGGCUGGUCGUACUAUUUUCAUUACAGGAGCUUCGAGGGGCAUUGGUAAAAGUAUAGCAUUAAAAGCAGCGAAAGAUGGUGCAAAUAUUGUUAUUGCAGCAAAAACUGCCGAGCCCCAUCCAAAGCUACCGGGUACUAUUUAUACGGCAGCUAAUGAAAUCGAAGCAGCUGGUGGCAAAGCUCUUCCUUGUGUCGUCGAUAUUCGUGAUGAAAAACAAGUGCUUAAUGCGGUGGAAAGUGCAGUUGCUAAAUUUGGCGGUAUAGAUGUUGUCGUGAACAAUGCGAGUGCCAUUUCUUUGACAGGUACUUUGGCGACCGACAUGAAGAGAUACGACUUGAUGAAUAAUAUCAACGCAAGGGGAACUUUUCUCGUCUCGAAAGCUUGUAUACCGUAUCUGCAAAAAAGCACAAAUCCGCACAUAGUUAACAUAAGCCCGCCAUUGAACAUGAAACCGAUUUGGUUUAAAAAUCAUGUUGCAUACACAAUGGCUAAGUAUGGGAUGUCUAUGUGUGUUCUCGGCAUGGCAGAGGAAUUGAAAGACGAUAAAAUUGCGGUAAAUGCCGUUUGGCCAAAUACAGCGAUACAUACCGCUGCAAUGGACAUGCUAUCAGGUUCAGAAUCCAAAAGGUUUUGCCGAAAACCCGAAAUUAUGGCAGACGCGGUAUACGCGUUGCUUUGUAAAGACAGCCAGUCUCUAACUGGACAGUUUAUGAUUGAUGAAGACAUAUUAAGAAACGAAGGUAUCACGGAUUUUACCAAUUAUGCCUGUGAUCCAGAAAACAAGGAUAGUUUAAUGCGGGACUUCUUUUUGAAUGAUGAUAUUCCGAAUUCGCCACAUAUUGGUGAUAAGAGUAGCAAACUAAGUAGCGGUGAAACUGGCAAGAUACCACGUAUAUUUAAUGCGAUCGAAACAAACUUAAGUAGCGAGCUAGUGAACAAAACUGGCGCUAUAUAUCAAUUUAACAUAAAAGGAGACGAAGCCGGAACAUGGUUCAUUGAUCUAAAAAAUGGAAAAGGUGCUAUUGGUAAAGGAGAACCGAGUCAGCCAGCAGAUGCAACAUUCACAAUGGAGUCGAGCAAUUUCUUUGCUAUGUUUUCAGGAAAACUGAAACCUGCUGCCGCAUUUAUGUCAGGCAAAUUAAAUAUAAGUGGAAAUUUACAGAAAGCAAUGAAAUUGGAAAAAUUGAUGAACAGUUUAAAAUCAAAAUUGUAAGAUUAAAAGUGUUGUUACUGGAGUAUUUUUCACAUGUCUUCUAAAAUAUUUUUAUCAUGUACAUAUAAUAUUUUUUGUAUCAAACAUGAAAGAAGGUUUUUUUAUUAAAAGCUAAUAAUAAAUGAAUAUUUUAUAUGCGUAUUGAGAAAUGUGCAAUUCUUGUCUCUCAUAGGAGAGGAAAAUAAAACAUGUUGUACUUUC